AUGACGAGUGAUUCUCGUACUGAUAUAUGUCUAUCAGAUUCUGUUCGAUCAAAAAAUUCUGAAUCAAAAUCAACAUCAAUACGAUCUGUUCUAUAUUAUCUUUGUUCAACACAUUCAGAUUGUCAAAGUUUAGAAGAAUAUCUUGGUAUCGAUAAAUUUGAUGUUGGUGAACCUAGUGAAGAAUUUAAAAAUCUUAUUAAACAAUUUACUAGAGAAUCUAAACCGGAAAAUAAAGAAAGUCAAGAAUUUGAUAAUAUCCCAGGUGAUUCUCGCUCGAAGAUUAAUUCAAGUAUAACAUUUACUGGUGAUCAGAGAGGUGGUGAUUUUGAACAUUUAUUUCGUGACAAUCGACCAGAUUUCACAUGGUCCAUUAAUAAUAAUUUUUAUCCAUGGAAUAUCGUCUCAAUAAUUGAAAAAAAAAGCAAUAUUAUCAGACAAAAUGAUAUUUCUCAAAUGUUGGAGUAUUUAAGAUCAAUUGUUAAAGUAUUUCCUGAACGAAAAUAUGCCAUCGGAUGUUUAACAAAUUAUAAACGAAUAAUUUUUGGUAAAGUAUCAAUAAUUAAUGAUAAAUUUCACAGUGGUGCAGAUGCUAUGGUGUAUCGAAUUUCAUAUAAUAAUAUUGAAUAUACAAUGAAAAUUUCAAAUAAAAUGUCAAGAAAACAAUAUGAUAUAGUUCAACAAAUGAAAGGUUAUAUGAAUAUAUCUGAUUUAGAUUAUAAAACGAUUGAAAUCGAUGUUCAAGAAGGUUUUAUUUUAUCAAAUCCAGUUGGAAAAAUGAUAAAGAAUGAUGAUAUAUGUAAAAAAAAAUAUAUUAUUCAAAUAUUAAAACAAUUAGCUAUUGGUCAAAAAACUGGAUAUGUACAUCGAGAUAUUCGAAUACACAAUAUAAUAUUAGAUAGGAAUGAUUAUGCAUAUUUAAUUGAUUGGAAUUCAUCAAUAUUUAAUGGUUUCAAAGGUGAAUAUGAAGGUGCAUUUAUAACCGCAUCAACACCUGUAUUGAAACAAUAUUCAUCAUCAAAUGGUAAACAAGUCUCAAGUUAUUAUGCUGAUGAUUGGAUAUCAAUAAUUUAUAUGAUAUUGUUAUCUCGUUGUUCAAAAGACAAAAAAAAAGACUUACAGAUUCAUGCUGGUGACGGUAUGGCUUAUGAGUUAAUAAUUGACCGUCGAGAGAUUUUAGAAAAUAAAGCAAUUCUACCAAAUGAAACUGAUUUAUUAAAUUAUAAAAAAGAAGUUAUUGAUUGUCUAUAUGAAAUAGAACUUGAACGAGAAAAUUUAACAAAUAUCGAUGAUUUAUAUAAACGAUGUAUGAAAUUAAUUGAAGCAAUGCUCAAAUAUGGUUUGGUAUCAUAA